AUGGUCCGACGGCUCAUGCGGAGCCAACGCGUGUGGUGGUGGAUGGGGUCUCUGGCGCUCGGCACUGUAGCGCUCGUGGCGUUCGCACCGGAGCUGAAGAUGGGCGUGAGCCGCCACACGGCCGACGUGGCGUCGCGGUCGCUGCAGGACGAGACGCUGCGCGACAACACGCGCGAGUUGGCGUCGCUGAUUGUGCAGACGGUGCUGAACGACCCGAACGUGUUGGCGCAGGCGUCGCAGUUUUUGCAACGCCUGGCAGCAAUGGAGUCGACGCGCACUGCAGUGCAGACGCUGGUCGUUCGUACAUUGGCUGAUCCCAUGACGCGGGUCCAGGUGGCCGAAGUGAGCAAGUGGACUGUUGCUGCUGUAUUGGAGGACCCAAAUACGCUGCGGCAAGUUGUCGCGCUGUUCCGCUCGACUGUAGCGGAUGCACAAGCGAAAGAAUCGUUGCUACUGCUGAUGCAGCAGCUGAUGCAGGACGAGCAGACGCGCGCGAAUGUAGCGCGACUGUUGGCCCAUACGCUGUUGCAAGACCCCGUGCAGCAGAAUGUGAGCAAGACGCUUGGGGAUGCAGUGCAUCAAGUGUUGAGUCGCGGGGAUAUUCAGGACCAUGCAAAGGAGUUUGUGAGCAGCGUGGUUCGAGACCAAACGGUGCAAGUGCAAAGUGGCGAGGCCAUGUGGAGUACAUUUAUGUACGCGCUCACGCCCAAUUGGUUGUCGUGGAUAUGGGCGAAUCCAGGUGAGGUGGUGGGCGACGAGGUGCUUGCGACACCGGCAGCAGAAGUCGCGACGGUGAUGAUAGCGGCGACAGCUACUGAAAAAGAGCGAGCGAAGCAAAAGAGGAAGGAAAGGGAAGCGCAGACGAACGACACUCCAGAGCGCACAUUAGAGUUGAAGGAGACGUCUUGA